UAUUGAAAAAUAAAAUAGCGCGCACCUGUGUUGCUAGUAAUUAAUGAAAAUUAGUUGGUGUAUAGUUAGCAGACAUCAUUGUUGUCUGUUAGUUAUAUCAUCUUUCAAAAUGAAUUUGCCACUCGAUUGAAAAGAGAUGGAUGUACAUAUAAAAUUUGAGAAGAAACAAGAGAGACGAACGUGUAAAUAUAAACAGUAGAAAGAGGUUAGAAUUUCUGUUAAGCAUGGUAGGCGUUUUAAACGAUUCUGACAGCGAGGACGAACUGCCACCAGGUUGGGAAGAAAGAACGACGUUGGAUGGAAAUGUUUAUUACGUGAAUCAUUACACAAAGGGAACGCAGUGGACACAUCCCCGAACCGGUCGUAAGAAGAUCGUCGACGGAGAAUUACCAGUUGGCUGGGAGAGAUGUAUAUCAGACGACAAUAAAGUUCUAUUUAUCGAUCACACAAAUCAUACUACAACUUAUACCGAUCCAAGAUUAGCAUUUGCCACUGAAUACAGAGAAAUGUCUCAGCCAGUACGACAGAGAUUCGAUGGAAGUAGCACUGCUUUGGCAGUGUUGCACGGCCGAGAUUUACGCAACAAGGUUGCCCUUGUUACGGGAGCGAAUGCAGGCAUUGGAUAUGAGACUGCUAGAUCAUUAGCGUUGCAUGGCUGUGACGUAGUGCUGGCUUGUAGGGAUUUGCAAAAGGCUAACGAAGCUAUAAGUCGUAUCCGGCAAGAAAAGGAGGCCGCAAAUUGCGUAGCUCUGGAAAUGGACUUGUCAUCACUGCGCAGCGUGCGAGAGGCCAUCGAGCAGUUCAAGCAGAGAUUUAAAUCUCUUCAUAUUCUAAUAUUGAAUGCCGGUGUCUUUGGAAUACCGUAUCAGCUCACAAAGGAUGGUUACGAGACGACGUUUCAAGUCAAUCACUUGUCGCAGUUUUAUUUAACGCUCCUGCUGGAGAAUGUUAUACAGGGCACCAACAAUUCCAGGGUCGUAAUAGUUUCCAGCGAAUCGCACAGAUUUUCAACGAUACGAAGCCCGGAAGAUGUUCACCAAUUAACUCUGUCUCCACCAGCGUACAAGUACUGGGCAAUGGGUGCAUAUAACGAGUCGAAGCUGUGCAAUAUUCUGUUCGCGCAGGAACUGGCACGACAGUGGCCCUCCGUGAGCGUGUUUGCUUGCCAUCCCGGUAACAUGGUGUCUACGUCCUUAUCACGUCACUGGUGGUUAUAUCGGUUGCUGUUUGCCAUAGUACGCCCGUUCACCAAAUCACUGCAACAAGCAGCGAGCACGACAAUAUUUUGCGCUACGGCACCGGAAUUGGAGGGCGUAACAGGUGGCUACUUCAAUAAUUGUUAUCGCUGCCAACCAUCGAACGCGGCAGUGGAUCCUGCAUUAGCCUCGCGACUGUGGACUCUCAGUCAAGACAUGAUAACGGAGUAUUGUAAAAAGGGACAAGAACAAUCAUGAGCAAAAAGGUUUUAGUAAUGUCUGAAAAAUGACGUAAUAUUUGCAUAACAGUAUAUAUAAUAAUAUCAUCAUUUUAGACUGAAUAUAAAAUAAACAUAUGAAACAAA